AUGUUUCUCAAGAUCCUGCUGCAAGAAAUCUGGCGAAGUGGCAUCCAGUGGGACGACCGAAUCGACGACAACGCCUUCACCAAGUGGCGUAGUUGGCUGCAGGUCCUGCCCCAAGUCGAGCAUGUCCAAAUACAACGAUGCUUCCGCUCCCACUUGAAUCCUGCAUACGACGACGUGCAACUACACACCUUCGUUGAUGCGAGCGAAAACGGCAUGGCUGCUGCAUGCUUCCUGAGAUUCGUCCGGAAUGAAGUCGUCUGGUGCUGUCUAGUAGCCGCCAAAACAAGAGUAGCUCCCUUACGAUAUCACUCGAUUCCGAGACUCGAGCUCAUGGCAGCGGUUAUUGGUACAAGACUAUCCCAAACAGUUAUUGAUUCCUUGACCUUCAACGUCAGCAAGCGGUUCUACCACUCGGAUUCCAGGGACGUCAUCUGCUGGCUGUAUUCGGACCACCGUCGCUAUACACCUUUCGUUGCCUGCCGAGUCAGCGAGAUCCUGGAGACUACAGAGCAGCAUCAAUGGCGCUGGAUCCCGACAAAGCUCAAUGUGGCAGACAACGCAACGAAAUGGGAGAAAUUUCCAGACAUGACUCCAGAGUCGAGGUGGUUCAUCGGCCCGGACUUUCUGCGGCUGCCAGAAGAAGCGUGGCCAUGCCAAUCAGUGAAGGGUAGCAAGACAGAUACCGAACUUCGUCCACGUCUGCUGACUCACUUUACCUUGCCGGACCCCGCAAUCAACGUCUCCAGCUGGAAGCGGAUGCUAAAGGUAGCCACACUAGUUCAUCGUUUCCCUGCAAACUGCCGAUUAAAGAAGCAACGGAAACCUAUCCUUCGUGGUCCUCCAUCCACAGAGGAACUCCAGCUUGCUGAGCGCUACGUAAUCAGACAAGCACAACGCGAAGCCUACCCGGAGGAAACAGCUCUUCAGCACCCGUCAAAAUCCAUCCCCAAGACUAGCUCUCUCUACAAACUAACCCCAUGGCUGGACGACCACGGGUUGAUGCGGAUGCGAGGAAGAAUUUCUGCCUGUGCCCAAGCCAUCGAAGACUCCAAAAAUCCGAUCAUCCUUCCACGUGACCACCACACCACCAAACUCAUAAUCGCACAUUACCACAACAAAUAUAAGCACCAGAACCAUGAAACCGCAAUAAAUGAACUCCGCCAGAGGUAUUGCAUUCCUCGGCUUCGAGCAACCUACGCGAAGGUACGCUACAAUUGCCAACACUGCAAAAACAAUCGUGCUGUUCCGCAGCCUCCAAUGAUGGCCGAACUGCCCCCAGAACGACUUGAUGCCUUCGCUCGACCCUUCACCAAUAUUGGCGUCGACUACUUCGGGCCAAUGGAAGUCGUCGUGGGCCGCCGAGUAGAAAAACGAUGGGGAAUGUUGAUCACAUGCCUAACCACACGCGCGAUCCACAUCGAAGUGGUGCAUACGUUAAGUACCGACUCAUGCAUCAUGGGACUCCGCAACUUUGUAGCACGUCGUGGUACACCGAAGACGAUCUACAGCGAUCGCGGGACCUGCUUCAUAGGUGCGAGCCGUGAACUACAGAACGUGGCAGUUGUUAUCGACCAGGACGAGGUGAUGAAGGAGUUUGGCGGAACCGAAACGACCUGGAAGUUCAAUCCACCAGCGGCGCCACACAUGGGGGGCAGCUGGGAACGCCUCAUAGGUGUUGUAAAGCGGAACCUUAUGGCAAUCCGUCCACCGCAUAAGCCUAACGACGAAGUGCUUCGAAACCUUCUGGCCGAAAUUGAAAACACCGUCAACUCCCGGCCCCUAACCCAUGUACCGGUCGAUGAUGAAGCAGCGCCCGCACUUACUCCAAACCACUUCCUCCUAGGAUCAUCCGAUGGUACAAAACCACUAUGUACCAUAGACGACAGUGGAGCGGUCCUACGGCGGACCUGGAAGCUUUCUCAACAACUAGCCAAUCAAUUCCGGAAGCGUUGGUUGACCGAAUACUUGCCAGAAAUCACUCGUAGAACGAAGUGGUUCACCGACACGAAGCCAAUAACGAUGGGGGACGUAGUAGUCAUCGUUGAUCCGAAGCUGCCCCGCAACUGCUGGCCUAAAGGCAAAAUCAUUGCUACCAGCGUCAGCCCCAAGGACAACCGGAUCAGGUCGGCAAUCGUGCAGACUGCGACUGGAGUGUUCGAGCGACCCACAGCUAAGCUGGCCGUAUUAGAUGUACGGCGCGACGAAUUGUAA